AAACGGCACAUCCUUGGUUAUCGGUUUCAAAGGUUAUGCUCUCUUGAUUUGCGGUUACAACAUCAUCUCUUAAAAGAAAGGCGUUUCUUUUUUUCUCGUAUACUUCCUCAUCCAACAUACUCUAAGUGCGAAGAGAGUAGCAUUAUUGGUAGAGAUACGAUGAUAUGGUCAAAAGAAACAACUUCCAAAUCUUGUGAUAAAAAGUCAUCACAUAAUACUCUUCAAAAUCAAAAGCUCGAUGUUUCCAUGCUGUUGAAUUGUAGUUCUAAAGUUUCAGAGAAGAGGAAAUGUAAGCAAUACAUAAGUGGUGAUAAAUUUGCUACUAAUUCUGAACGUGUCGGUAAAAAGAAGUAUGGUACUGAUAAUGCCAUAGAUCAAAAAAGAAAAUCAUCUCCUGUCUUAUGUUCAACACCAUCAGAUGGAAAAAAUAUUAGUUUACCAACAAGACACAAAUAUGAUUCCCCUGCUCAAAAUGAUGGAGUAGAAUUUUGUGUUAUUUCUAGACAAGACUAUUCUCACCUUAGUGAUGUUGAAGAUUUUAUGAAGCGAUCAAGUUAUCUUAUGAACGAAGAUAAUUUUUAUAUUCAUGCUAGAGAUUUAAUGGAUGAUAAUAGUAAUUCUUAUGAUAUCCCGGAAUCAAUCAAGGAAAAACUAAAAGAAGAAGACAUGGAUUUUGUUGACUCUCGAAAGAAAUUUUUACCUUACUUACCUUCUAGAAGUAACCAUCUUCCAAGGCCAUUUGUUCCCGUUGGACCUAGGUUUCAAGCUGAAGUUCCUAAAUGGGAGGCCACAACCAACAUAAAACAAUAUGAUAGUGAUGAUUGUUUGAAGUGGUUAGGCACCCAAAUUUGGCCAUAUCCUUCUUUAUCUAGAAAUAAUGCAAAAAGUCUUAAAAAAGGUAGGCCCGACUCAAGCUCGAAUGAGAACGAUGAAUCAGUUGAUUGUGUUAAAAAGAUUCAGUGAAGCUAGAGAGUACUUAUAAUCGAAUGAUAAUACCGCCUUCUCAAGUUAGAAGUUUGAUAACAAGAAAGAUGUUUUGAAAUCAUGGACAAUGGAAGAUGAGAAAGGAUUUGAAUCUCUAGUAGCAUUGAAUCUACUUUCAAGUGUCACAAAAUUUGGAAGCUCACCAUGGAGUACUUUCCAUCUAAAUCUAUUGGAUGCAUGAUGAAUUACUAUUAUAAUGUAUACAUCCCUAGAUGCAUGGGUAUAGAUGAGAAGAUCUCCUUUUGGCGCAAUUGAUGGUGAGUUAAAAUGAUAACUAUGAGAUUGAAGGUCCAUGUUCAUCUAAAGGUAUGACUAUGAUUUCAAUUAGCAAAAAUUUGAAAAUUGAAACAUUAAAGAUGUUAGGAGCUUGAAAUCUAGCUCAUGCAUCUUCAAUAUCAAUAUCAUUUAGAUGAUACAACCCUUAAAAUUGCUUUAGAAUCUUAGAAGUUAAAGUCACUAUAGUUAUGCAUGAAUGAUAUUUUAAGAAAUAUAGAAAUUUUAAUGCAUGUUUUGUACAUGAAUUUUCGAUGUAAAUUCUGCAGCGGUUCGCCCUUAGCCGCCUAAUUGAAUUAUUUGAGUUGUCUUUA